AUGAAUGACUUGAACUUCUCCAUGUCAAUUCAGAGCUGGGCGAUCUUGCCCAUCGGUCUGCCUGUGGUGUGCUUGGCCAUCCGGGGGCUCCUAUCCAUGAUCAAGAGCGACCAUGUGGUACCAGUGUACGUCAUCAACCUGCUGAUCUCUGAUGUGCUUAAGAUGUGUGGCAGGCCAGUCGUCCUCAGCAUGGCGCCUUCGGGUUGGGUUUAUGAGCUGGUUGCUUUCCUUUAUUGCUCUGGGAUGCAUGCAAGCAUCUCCUUCAUGUUGUGCAUCGCUGGGGAGAGAUACACCAUGAUUGUCCAUCCCCUGUGGUACAGGUUUCACCGGACGAUCAAAAAGUCCAUUCUCUGCUCUAUGACUGUGUGGAUGGUCACUUUCGUUUCACUUGGUGUACUUGUGUUAGCAGCUGUGAAAGACAUCAUUGGGGUGGGCACAGUGUUUGUUAGCUGGUCCAUUUUUGGCCUUCUCCCCUAUCCGUUUGCCUUGUUCUUCUUCGUGGAGACCUGGAGGGCUCUCUCCAAGUCCAUCUCCAUCCCUCCACGUGAGCAGAGGAGGAUCAUGGGGACGCUGGCUCUGGUCCUGAUCAUCUACAGCGCUUCCUUCUUGCCCAACAUCGUGGUGACGCUGCUGAUGUCCUUAAGUCCCUGGAUGUUCACAGACCACUCGUUUCAGCUCUUGGCUCAGGGGACCACAGCGCUUCUCUCCCUUAACCUUCUGGCGGAUCCAGUGCUUUACGUGUUCAUGGGGAAAAGAAGUUCUGCUUCCCUGUCAUGUUGUCGAUGUAGCAGAGGCAGUCACCAGGAGGAGCGGGAGAGGACCGCAACAAGUCCUCCACUGAUGAACACCACUAGCAGCAGCAGUGGAGCAACCUGA